AUGUUUUGCUCGUUGACAAAUAUAACUGCACCACAGACAGUCCUCAUCGGAAGGCUUACUGGAAAGCCUGCACUUGUAAGGGCAUUUCUAUCUAGGAAACACAUAUCUACCUCAUUGAAUAAUUGGGCUAAUGUAAAGAAACAUGUAACAGCAAGAGAGCCGUCGCCCUUUAUAUCUAACACCACUCUAAUACGACCUCCAAAGUCAUCCAACCAAUCACAACUGAAGAACCGUUCGACUCUCAUAUUUAACGCCAAAUCUCCAGUAUUUUCUUGGAAAAUGUUUUCAAAGGUUUGCUGGUUCCUUAUUGGAACUGCAGCAUUUGUUUCAGUCUUACCAUACGCCAUGGAUACUUCAUUUACGAAAAGAUUAAUUGAUGAUAUAUUACGAAAAGUUCUUCAGCAAUCUAUCAAGGAUAAUGAUUUAAUUAACAUAAGUUUUAAGAAAGGAUCUAUAUCUGAAUGGAGGAGCUACUGUAUCCAAUAUAAUGACCUUCAUGUAGAGACCAACCAUAGUAAUGAUUUUAUGAAAUUUGAAUUUUUGAUUCAUCAAGUUGAAAUAUCAUUAUCUUUGAAGAAAUGGAUGCUUGGUAAAGGUAUUAUAAAUGAUAUAUCCCUAUUUGGCUUAAAUGGUGAUGUAAUGCUUCUUAAUGAGAACACCGGAUUUUCAAUAGACGAUAUUUAUGAACUCCGGAACGUCAAGAUUAAUGAUUCUACACUAAAGAUAAUUGAUCUAAAGACAGGGAAGACAAAUAAAUUGGCAAUAUUCAAUUUGGAAAUGCCAAAACUAAAUACAAGUACCAUGUUAAUUGAUCUCUUGAAUGCUAACGUAGCCACAGGUUCCAUUAAUAAUUCAUUAUUCUCUUUGCACAAGAGACAGCAUAAGUCAGCCAACCUUAAUGAUUUAAGGAAUGAUCUAUCCACGUCUUUCCAAAGAAUAACGAGGUUGAGAUUAAAUUCAAUCGACGUUAAUGAGCUUGGGUUGACUAAGAAUAGAGCAUUUAAUUGGAUUCAGGAUGGUAGCGUUGAAAUUUUUUUAGAUAUAAUGCUGCCCCCUGAAGAUCCUCAUUCCCACAAUAACGAACUUCACAGAAGUCAAAUGAGUAAUGAUAACAAGUAUAUUGUUUUUGAUUUGAAGUUCAAAUUCAAAGACUUAAAAGGCCGUCUCCCGACUACACCACCUCAAUUAUCUACUAACGAGAAUAUACUUUCUCUAGAUGAAUUGAAGCCUGUAAUUUCAUUUGUAAAUAUUCAAAGACUACUUUUUAACACUAUCAAGGAUCAAAAGGAAAAUAAUCUUUUGGAAGUUUCUACCUCUCCGAUGUGGAGUUCGCCUAAUGUCUCUGUGAGAAAGAAGAAAUCUGUUACACCUUCAUUGCGUGGGAAUAAAACCCCGUUAAUUAGUACAUCUUCAGAUGAAAAGCAACAGCAUCAUCAAAAUACCAACAAUAUACAAACAUUCAAUAUCCCACAUAACCUUUCUAACGAAAUCAUUGUAAGCUGCAAAAUUGUCAAGAACUUACAAGAUUUUGAAGAGAAAAUAUCAUUCAAGGAUACUGGAAUCUAUGACCAAUUGAGCAUGGAGUUAUAUGUAGAUUUAGUCAAGAUGGUAGAAGAAUGGGAAUAUAGUCAUAAGAAUGAAUGGAUGAAACAAUGGGGUACUAAUUUUGCAUCACAACUGAUAUUGUUUGGAUUCGGUGCUAUUGUCUAA